AUGCCUGAUGUUCUAGAGCACCAACCAACCCGAAAAGGCCUUAUCAUUCACCCUGAUUCGGAGGGGAACUAUCCAUGCAAGAGUUGUUCGAGAUCCUUCCCCCAUCCCGAGCCAUAUCGGUACCACGCAAGCAAGCACAACGAUACUGUUGAAUAUAUUUACGAUGAAUGCAAGCAGCUGGCUACCUUGAAGCCAGAAAUCAAGGCUUUUCUUGGCGUUUAUUGCGAUGGCAGUACCCACUAUGUUCGAAUGGCUAUCUCGCAACCCGUUGGACUCGGCUCUACCAUAAAGGGGGUAGAUGAAGAAGUGGAGUUGGCUUUUGAAGAAUUCCUCAGACGUGAUUUCAGUUCUACGGAAAUGCACAAAGAAACAGUCCCGAGACAGUCAAGGUCUAGUCGUUGGCCUAGCAGACCAAACACGAGAUUGAAGUCGCCUCAUCCGUCAACUGAGGCCAUCACUGCCAACGACAGACAUAGUCUAGAUGCUGAAGAUCAAACCUCGAGUGCAAGGGAUAGUCUUCCCGAGCAUGUCACUGGAAUCGUAGCUGUAGCGUCUUUCUCCUCAACUGCUGAUGGUGUUCACGGCCACAAAAUACUCGUCACAACCCACUCAGACACGAUGAUCCUUUUAGGACUAGUGGAUCUUGACGCGCUUCUUCGACACACGCGCAUCAGGAACCAACUACCACAGAUUAUUGGUGACUAUGCCUACACAGAGUUGCUGGAGUAUAGAAAGAAGCGCAUGACUAUCGAGGAUCCUGUUUAUCAGGGCAUUCUACCAGAUGACUUGCCUAUUGGAGUGGGCGAAGAAGUUCGAUUGGAAGACUGCUCUCCAGUGCUUGAAGCGGAAGUUCGCUCUCUUCUUGACUCAUAA